AUGAGCUUGUCCUUCCUCCUCCUCUUCCUCAGCCACCUGAUCCUCAGCGCCUGGGCUCACGGGGAGAAGCGCCUCGCACCCAAAGGGCAACCCGGACCCGCUGCCACUGAUAGGACCCCCCCGAGAGGCUCCAGCAGCAGCCAGGUCAGCAAUAGCACAACGUCUUCCUCUUCUUCUGCCUCCUCCUCUCCCUCAGCUUCUCUGGGCAGCCAAGGAAGCGGCUUGGAGCAGGGCAGUUUCCAGUGGAGCCCCUCGGGGCGCCGGACCGGCAGCCUCUACUGCAGAGUGGGCAUCGGUUUCCAUCUGCAGAUCUACCCGGAUGGCAAAGUCAAUGGCUCCCACGAAGCCAAUAUGUUAAGUGUUUUGGAAAUAUUUGCUGUGUCUCAGGGGAUUGUAGGAAUACGAGGAGUUUUCAGCAACAAAUUUUUAGCGAUGUCAAAAAAAGGAAAACUCCAUGCAAGUGCAAAAUUUACCGAUGACUGCAAAUUCAGGGAGCGAUUUCAAGAAAACAGCUAUAAUACCUAUGCCUCAGCAAUACACAGAACUGAAAAAACAGGGCGAGAGUGGUAUGUGGCCCUGAAUAAAAGAGGGAAAGCUAAACGAGGGUGCAGCCCACGAGUUAAACCUCAGCACGUCUCUACCCACUUCCUACCAAGAUUCAAGCAGUUGGAGCAGCCAGAACUAUCCUUCACAGUUACUGUUCCUGAAAAGAAAAAGCCACCUAAUCCUAUCAAGCCAAAGGUUCCCCUUUCUGCACCUCGGAAAAGUCCCAAUACAGUAAAAUACAGACUCAAGUUUCGCUUUGGAUAA